GGCAAACUUCACAAUCGACACUAACAGUAAAUUGCUACAGCGGAAGCGAUUCUUCCUUUGUAUACUCAAUUUCUUUAAAGCUUAAUCAAAAUCACUCUCUCUUCCUUCAAAUUCUCCAGAGACCUUGGGCUCCAAGUUACGAUUGCAGCGUUUUCUGUCUCCAUUAGCAAACAUGGCAGAACCCAAAACGAAGAAGACAUCAACAUCAUCGAUAACCCCAGACUGGUCUGAGCUCCCUGAGGAGCUACUGUAUCUUGAAGUAUCUAGGGGACAACUGUUUCGAUGUUGUUCAUGCUCGCUCUGUUUGCAGCUUGUGGCGAUCCACAUUUCCUUUGUCUCCCUUGUUACGCCCAAGUUACUCUCUUCCCUCGUUCAACGAAUUCCCUUCAGAAAGCAAAAACAUGUGCACCCUCGAGAAGGUCCAUCUCCUGAUAUUGCUGAUGAUCAGCUUUCCGAUGCUCUUCAAUGUUUAGUGAACGUGAAGAUCCCAGCAUCUAUUCCAAAAAAGAUCAUCCCUUUGGGCCAUAAGUACAGAAUGAUCGGUUGGGAAUAUAAUCGCGCGACUUUUCUUCGGCUAGACAAGGAGGGAAGAAGAGGAGAAUUUGUUGUGCUUCUCGAAGUCUCUGACACUUUGCUGGUGUUAACAAGUGCUGAAAUGAGGUGGAAGCAGCUUGAGAACGUCCCAUAUACUAUAUGCGUUGAUAUAGUCACUUUUAGAGGCAGAUUUUAUGCACUUUUUCUUUCAGGACAAAUCGUCGUUAUCGAUCCUUAUUCGCUGGAGGUGACUCUUCUGUUGUCCUCACCUCAGGACCCGCGAGAAUUACGGUCUCUGGUUCCAUAUGGCAAAGAUGAACUUUUCCUGGUUGAGGUAAUCAUCCCAAAUGAUGUUGUAAUAGACUUUAGUCGGUUAGCUCGUAGAGUGAGGAGGGUAGAUGAGAAGGCUGGUAAAUGGGUUGAGGUCGGUGAUUUGGGAGACUGUGUAUUGUUACUUGGAAAUCUCUCUUGCUCGGCUAAGGAAUUUCCUCGGGGUUUUGGUUUGACUGAGAACGCAGUUUUGUUCGGCGAUCAGUCAGGCAAUGCAUUUUUAUACUAUAAACAAAGUGCGGUAAAAGAUCUCAAGGGAGAAUCGUGUGAUGAUACUCAACCAUUUUUUCCGGUUAUGGCUCUCCAUGAAGACUGCUAGGCAGUAAAAUCCUGCUUUAGAGAAAUAAAAACAUAAAUUCCUAUCAUAUUUUUAGUUUAAAAAUCUUGCUACUUGAAUGGAACUGGCGCUUGAUGACGACGAUAUGGACUAAAUGUAGGAAAACUACAUUGCUUUUGACCGUGUAGCUCCCGAAGACUUCCUCAAUAAAGCAAUGGCUGAUUACUCUAGCUCGUUGAUAUUUCCCUGGAGUCUUUGAUUUUUCUCGACGUUUAAGUUAGCUUUUCCAUCUUUUUAACAUAUUAUACCGAUGUCAUUUUGAAUGAGAAUAUAGCUUUUAAGUGGAAUAGAGAGGGUAGACAUUUGUUUU